GUCGAAUUGUUUGCUUCUCGGCUUGUUGCUGCUUGUUAACUGUUUAAUUUACUUGAUUGUUUUUUCCCGUUGUUACUUGGAUUGUGCUAGAUUACUUAAAAAUGUCUCACACAAUAAUGUUGAUUCAACCUGGACCCAAAGCAGAAACUAGAACAUAUUCGGAUUAUGAAUCCAUAAAUGAAUGUAUGGAAGGAGUUUGCAAGAUUUAUGAAGAGCACCUUAAAAAGCAGAAUCCUAACACGCCCGCCAUCACGUAUGACAUAAGCCAGCUUUUUGACUUCAUUGAUCAGCUAGCCGAUCUCUCCUGCCUUGUAUAUCAGAAAGGCACCAAUACUUAUGCACCGUAUAACAAAGACUGGAUCAAAGAGAAGAUCUACAUCCUCCUGAGACGACAAGCUAACAUGCCAAACUAAAAUAAUUGAUACAAUAAAAUGUACAUAACUAAGUUUAUGAAUAUUUGCCUAUUUGGAUUCUGAGAACAAAUAUUUAUUUCUAAUUUGAUAUUUGAUGUCAGAACGUUUUCAUUCAAUUCUUUAAUGUUUGAAAAAAUAUAGAGCAAAAAAAAAAUAAAAAAAAGGAAUAUAUACAUAUAUACAAAUAUAUAUAUAUGUAUAUUUGAUGUGACAUAGGAUUAAAUCCUUUGAUAUUAAUGAUAUGUUGGUAGUAAUGUUAGUGCUGUUAUGUUUAAUUUACUAUUUAUUUGUAUAGAAAAUAGUUUUAGAAUUAUUGUUUAUUAAGAUUUUUUCAAUCUAUCCAAAGUUCAAAGUUAAUUAUUUUACAUGUGUAUUGUAAUUUUUGAUCUGAUAACAUUUAUCAAUACAUAACAGCCUAACAGUUCUAUGAACGUUUUGUAAAUAAACCCCUCGUCGGGCUGACGAUAACGUUUUAUUUGUGAUGCAAUAUUUAUUUACAAAGAUGUUUAUUAUACAUGUUUUUAUUUUAUUUUUGUUUUAUACCAUGUGUUUAAAUUACUUGAGAUUGUAUGCAUUUUGUCAGAGGUUCAGUGUUAAUUGGAGCUCGAUCAUACCAUUUUAUUAUAAUUUUUUUUUUGUUUAUUUGUAUUAUUAAAAAAUUCUUCGUUGUUCCAUUAGUUUUAACAUUUAAAUGAUAUAAUUAGUCGUCCGAUGGAUGUGCUAAUUUUGCUUGAUAAGAUUUGAUACUCUGUUUUAUUAUAUAUUACUGAAUGAUUACAGUAAUUUUAACUGAUCUCUAAAGUGUAAAUGUUUUCAUCGUUCUUUUAAAUUUAAUAUUUUAUGUUAUUUCCAUUUUCAUAUUAUGUAGCUG